GGCAGCUGAGAAUAUAAAACGAAUAAUCUAUUCUGUGUAUAGUCAGUUGAAUACUUUACGGUGGAACAUUGACGUUCAGCGUUCCUACUUUUGUUUGUUUUUUACUAGUUUUUUUUUAAGAAUCAAAGUGCUCCGACAGUGUCAUUUAUACUUGAAGGUACUUGCGAUAAAUUGUAAGUGCACAUUUUUUCACCUCAAACUGGCCGCUGAGGAAGGAAUGAGAUUGACCAAAGACUGUCUAGGACUUCGUGUUCGUCUUAACAGCCUGCAUCAAAAUUGGAAGUGGUUGCAUCAAACUCCCAGUGUACACGACUUUCUUAUUUCUCUCAGCUCAGCUUCUAAAAACGCCUGUUGGAAACCUGCUCUGAAACCAGUGUUCCAGUAGCUCAGUAGCUGCUACCUAUGCUGCUACUCUAGGGCACAACACCUACCAAACAAUAUUGCCAAAUAUCUGUGUUUUUAUCCUAUUUUAUUUAUAAUAUAGACUUUUUUCGAAAGAAUCAGAACAAAAUGGCAUUCAUGCAACAUUUUUGCAAUAGAAUCACUUCAAAACUUACUCGCCUUAAUGCUCGAUCUUUAUCAAGGGCCAACAUAACUGUAGAGAAUGAUUUAAAAAAAUCUGUGCUUAUUUCACAAUCUACUGAUAUUUAUACCAACUUGGCUUUGGAAGAGUGGAUUUUUAAAAAUUUCAACCUUGAGAAGCACCAUAUACUCAUGCUUUGGAAAAACGAUCCGUGUAUAGUUAUUGGCAGGAAUCAAAAUCCUUGGUCAGAAAUUAACUUUUCUGAUUUACAAAGUCUUAAAGAGGGUGGUGUUAACAUUGCUAGAAGAAGCAGCAGUGGAGAAACUGUCUAUCACGAUCAUGGGAAUUUGAAUUUGACAUUCUUCACUCCAAAGGAAAAAUAUGACUUGAAAAAAAAUAAUCAGGUGGUUGUGAAGAGUAUAUUCAGGGAGUUUGGUUGCAGCGUUGAUAUAGGAAUGGACAAUCAUCUUCUGUUGGGGAAGAAAAAACAAGUCUCAAAUAAUGCAGCAAAACUGGGAAGAGAAAAUGCCUACCAUAAUAUAUCACUGCGAGUCCAAUGCAGUAAGAUCAACCGGAAUGUAGCACUACAAAAACGUGAUGUUCAUAUACAAUCCAGCACUAAACACUCAGUCCCAUUAUCAGAAAUGAUGAACCUGUGCGAAGAAACUCCUGAUGUAACUGUGUCAACCCUCGUAAAGGCAGUUGGCUGGGAAUUUUUAAGAACAAAGGGUAUUAGUGGCAAAGAUGGGGGAAUGGAGCUCGCCAACAAACAACAAGGCUUCCAUAUGGUUAAUCCAACCGAGUACUGGUUCCCUGGCAUACAGGAAAUCCGGGACAAAUACAACAGCUGGGAAUGGCGCUACGGCAAAACUCCCAAAUUUACCAUCGCCCAAAAUUUCGCAGUACCAACAGGACUCCUGCAUACUAAUGCAGGCGCUUCUGCUAGUUUGAAAGUGACUAUGACAGUGGAAAAUGGAAGAAUUUCUGAUAUAACCAUCUUCGUCCCACAGGAAUUAAAUUCGCUUGGAUUUACUGGCGAAGCUAAAGUAUUUCAUGGUUUAAAAGGGAAGAAAUUUACUGCACAAGCGUUUGAAGACUUAGAAGAUUCCUUGGGCUCUCUUUUAAAUGAGAAAGACAGAUUUUUUACGGAAUGCUUGAAACAGGUAAUGACCAAUGCCUAAAUAGGAUUUUUUCCAUAAAUAUAAUAAUAUGAUAGCAAUAAUUGUUAUGUAGAGUUUAGUAUCCCGGGAUCGGUCGCUACCCUUCCUAUAACGCGAUCGGUCGCGUGUUAGAUUUUAUCUAACACUAAGCCCCAGUUAUACAAUCUCGGUUCAAAACGAAGUUCAACUGACCUCGACUGGUACUUGAGCUUUUCCAUUUAAAAACAUUGCUGUCAGCUAUUAAUCAAAUUCUAUCAAUUUUGACAGCAAUGCAUUUCAAAUGAUGUUCAAGUACCAGCCAAGUUUGGGUGAAUUCUGUUUUGAACCAAGAUUGUACAACUGGGCCUAAAAAAAAAUUUCGGAAUCAAAACGUAAACUUAAAUUUGAUAAAUGCAAUUAAGUCUUGGUAUUUCAAUCGUAGUUGGUCGCGUAGUUUUUUUUCUAACAGCUAAGUGUACGUUGAGGUCGUGUUAGAUUUUAACUAACAUCUAAGUCAUCUUUCCGAUAUGGCUGACCCUUCUGAGUCAGCUAAAUGCCGAUUUGCCAUGAGCUUACAUAGGACCUCUUCCAGGAAUUUCAGGAGGGCGAAUGAACUAACGCCACUAUUUAAAGUUUUAUGUGCAUAAAACUAAAAGUGUUACAUUUUUUCUAACACCGCGACCGAUCCCGGGGUAUAAAUAAUAACAGUGAUGUUGCUUGAAACAUAAUCAUUGUUUAAAUAAUUUCGAUGUCUAAUGUCUACAUUCAAUUUUUUGAAUUUAAUUAGAUACUUGUUGAUAUCAUCAUUGAACAGUUACAUUUUUCUUUAGAAAUAAAAUUAUUUUCUUUUUUCUUUAUUUACAUUAACCGCAGAUUUGAUACGUGCAGAAAGAUGAGUAAUUAUUUCAGGAUACAACAUCGAAAGAAUUUUUACGAAUUUAAUUUUAAGUUUCAACCGCAUAGUACCUGUGUGGCUAUCAAGCAUUAUUCAUGUCACUAUUACCAAGUAAUUUUUUCUCAUAUAGUUUUCACCUAUAAGGCUUUUCGUUGAUAGGUUAUUAUGUAACUCACAAUAUUGUUUCGCAGAUGUUGUGCCUUAUUUUUUAGGUAUUACCUUAUUGUAGCUGUGGCUGUAGCUUAGUUGUAGCUUAUAUUCUAAUAAAUAUAAAAUAUUGUACUA